AGUGUCGGCAUCGAGUCAGUAACAAGGUCGGAAACCGAGAGAUGGCGAACGGUUUCUCCGUGACUAACCCAGCUCUGCUUCUCCUCAGCUUCCUUCGUGCCACCGUCAUCGAAGCUCAGAAAUGCGGCGAAGGUCCAGAACAGAACAGCUGUCACCUGCACUGGUCAAGCCUGUGGUAUGUGUGGUUGAUUUUGCUGACAGUCUUCCUGUUGCUGAUAUGUGGAGUUAUGAUCAGUUGCAUAAAGUGCUGUAAGAGGUCCAAGCUCCAAAACCCCUCCUUUGCCAAUAGAUCUUGUGAAGUAACAGUGAUCGCCAUUGACAAUGACCAUACUAUAUCACAAAACAGUUUGCUACAGUAUAUAUCCGCUGGCCGGAACCAUGUUCAGGACACUGCUCAGUGCAUGUUGCCUCCUCCACCAUAUAGCCUGUGUGCCAUUGACAACCCCCCAACCUAUGAGAUGGCCCUGAAAAUGGAAAAUCCUUCUGAGAUCCCUGAACCAAAGAGUGGACUGGAAAAUCUAAAUGGAAAUGGAGCUCCAAUCCCAGAGAGAAAUGAAGGUGCAGGUUCUGUAGUGCUAACCUAUUCAGUAUUGUCACAGCAAUGAGAACUCUUGAAUCAAUGGUUGUUGAAGUACCUCUGUCACUUCUUUGACUGGUGCUUGGCUGAGACCAAGGGCCACCCAGAGUGCUAAUUGUGAAAAUGCUUUUAGGAAGUGACCUAUUUACAGCAAAUUACUGUGAAGUGAAUCUCUAUUUCUGAGUCAUGACAUAUGAGCUGUUGUCCAUCAUCCUUGAUAAGGAAAAGCAUGAAGAUCCUGCAGUUGAGAAAAUCAGCCAGAGAUAUUUUGCACACAUUCUGGGUGAACUUUGGGUUCCAGAUUUUUGAAGAAUUCUGUUCCUGCCAGCACUUUUUCAGCUGAUGUUCUCAAAGCCUAAAAUGGGUUCUUACAAUUAAAUCACAAGAGAUCAUGCAGAUGUUGGAAAUCCAGAGGAACACACAGUCAAAAUGCUAGAGGGACUCGGGUCAGGCAACAUCUAUGAACAGUCAAUGUUUUGGAUCUGAUGAAGGGUCUUGGCCUGAAAUGUCAACUGUUUAUUCAUUUCCAUAGAUGCUGCUGGACUGGUUGAGUUCUCCAGCAUUUUGUGUGUGAUCUUACAAUUAAAGAAAACUUGGCUUUCAGACCUACUCUGGACAUCAGUUGUAUGCUGGGAAUCUUCAAGAAUAUCAAAUCACUUUUUAUUCAGGCUUUUCUGUUCCUACAUGGAGUUUGACCCAAAAUAAGUACCAUUCUAACUUGUGUUAACAUUGUCCAUGCUGGGUAAUGAUGUUGGUUUGUUCAGUUAUGGUCUUGCCUUGGCAAAGCUAAAAUAAAUUUAAAAGCACUUUUAUUUUAGGCUGACGACUCAAUUAUAUAGGGAUUGCUGCUAGUUACAGAUAAGUGAAGUAAUUUGAAAUUAUUUUUUGAGUCAAGAAGUUCACCUUAAGCAUUUCACCUAUCACCCUUAACCCUUGACCUCUAGUUGUCUCACCCAACCUGAAAAGGAAAAAGCCUACUUGCAUUUACCCUAUCUAUAGCCCUCAUAAUUUUGUAUACCUCUAUCAAAUCUCCCCUCAUUCUGCUGUACUCUAACACAACAUAACUCUCCUGGAAACUGUGGAACAGACAUUUUGUUUACACAAAGAAAAAGUGUUUAAAAGAAAAUGUCUUAAUGAAUGUGAAUAGUUAAACUAUUUUUUGUAAAAGUUUUAUAAUGUUCUUAGAAAAUUUGUUCCAUUUUCAUUUAUUUUUUAACAUA